AAUAAGAUGAAUAGAAACUCUCCAAAUGAGAGUUGGCAAUGUCAGUUGCUAGCUCAAAAUGGGUAUAAUAAUCACUAAAAAAUUUGCAUCAGGAGAGUAAACCAAGCUUAAAACAAAGUGUAUGGAGAGAAUUUGCUCUGAAGGAGGUCUUUUUAGUAUUUUAAUGGUAGCAGUGGCGGUGGUUAAUCAUCAAAGAGCUCUCUUUUUGAUGCAAGCGUGGGUAUAAAUGCAGGGCCUUUGCCCUUACUCGUCUCUUUCAUCCCGCUAUCUUCUUCAAAUGCCAAGCUUCUUUCUUUCUCUCUCCAUAGCAGUAAAUCUCCUACCUUUAUCACUUUCUUUUGUGUUUUUAACUGUGUUGGCAGGGUAGCUGAGCUCAGAAAAACAGAAGAGGGGUUUUGAACAAAAACCCAAAUUCAAUAAAGGGCUUGUAUUUUUGAAAAAAAGCUGGUAUGGAAGAGCAGAGGGUACAAAAAGUAGCACAGAAUCUGAAAUGGGGUGAUGGUCAAAUUUGAGGGCUUAGUUCCUGUUUAAUAGGCCGUCUACAGGUUGUUUGUUCGUUACUUAAACACUAUUGUGAGGGAAAGGUGUCUGCUGCCGGUUUCUUUUCCUCUUGAACGGAUAUGGAGAUGAGUGAAAAUGAUAAAUUUGAGCUGGAAAAGGGGAAUGAGAAUGCAAUGUGCUAUGAGUCACCUGGUAUUUCAUCAGGCUGGCAAUUUAGCAGUAUGAGUCUCACAAAUACAUCUGUUGGUUUGGUUCCUAUUGAUAAUCAUAAUCCCAUGGUUAUUGGUGCUUCUUCUGCAUCUCCUUCAAUGGUGAAUUCAUUUGGGCCUAAUUUUUGGGAGCUCCCCUCUAGUUCUCAAAACUCCAAGUUUUCUGGUGCUAAUGUCCGAAAUGGUGCAAAUACUGCAAAUGCAAUGGGAAUUAGAAAAGGGGGUCCUGCCUCUUUGACAGGUGGUAUUGAUAGACCAUUUGAUAUGGGGUGGAAUCCACCAAGUUCAAUGUUGAAAGGGGGUAUUUUUUUGCCAGCUGCAUCCGGGAUGUUGCCGCAUGGUUUAUCUCAGUUCCCAGCUGAUUCAGGCUUCAUUGAGCGUGCUGCCAAGUUCUCGAGCUUUAACGGGGGAAAUUUUAGUGAUAUGGUGAAUCCUCUUGGGAAUCCUGAAUCCAUGGGUGUUUAUUCUAGGGGUGGGGGGAUGAUGCAAGGACAACAAGGGGUUCACAAGAGCGGUGGGUUGAAACCAGUGUCUGGUUUGCAGUCUCAGAAAAAUGAGUUGAAUGCUCGUGAAGCUUCCAAAGAUGCUUCUUUACAUGUUGAAAAUAAGACCACUGAAGGAAGUCCACUCAAGAAUGAAAGAAAGAGCGAGAGCCUUGCCAGAUCUAAUGGAGAAGCAAAACAAGGUGUUGGUGGGUCAGGUAAUGAGUCUGAUGAAACUGAGUUUAGUGGUGGUGGUGGGGGUGGGGGAGGACAAGCUGAGCCAUCUUCGUCUAAGGGUCUCAGCUCAAAGAAAAGGAAAAGAAGUGGACAGGAUGAUGAGCUUGAUCAAAUUAAAGGAGGCCAACAACCUUCUGAAGCUGCGAAGGAUAAUACUGAAAAUCAACAGAAAGGAGAUCGGAAGCCAACUGCAACAACCAAUAAGACUGCUGCUAAACAAGGCAAAAAAGGGCCUCAAGCCUCAGAUCAACCAAAAGAAGAAUACAUUCAUGUCAGAGCUCGACGAGGCCAGGCAACAAACAGUCAUAGUCUUGCAGAAAGGGUAAGAAGAGAAAAGAUCAGUGAAAGGAUGAAGUUCCUCCAGGAACUUGUACCUGGUUGCAGCAAGGUUACAGGCAAGGCAGUGAUGCUGGAUGAAAUCAUUAACUAUGUACAGUCACUGCAGCGGCAGGUUGAGUUCUUGUCAAUGAAACUUGCGACGGUAAAUCCAAGGCUUGAUUUCAAUAUGGAAGCGCUCCUGGCAAAAGAUAUUCUUCAAUCAAGUGCUGGUCCUUCAUCUACUCUGGGAUUUCACCCAGAUAUGUCUAUGGGUUAUCUUCCGCUACAUCCAUCACAACCUGGACUUGUUCAAGCUGCUCAUCCUGUCAUGGGGAUUUCCUCUGAUCUCCUUCGAAGAACUAUUAGUUCCCAGUUAACACCUAUGUCUGGAGGAUUCAAGGAGCCUAUUCAGCUCCCAAAUUCAUGGGACGAUGAGCUUCACAAUGUUGUCCAGAUGAAUUAUGCAACCAGCGCUCCUCCUGAUAGCCAUGAUGAUGCAAAUGCGUCUCUGCCAGGUCAUAUGAAAGUAGAACCUUGAUCGCUUAAUGAAGCAGCUUAUAAUUGAUGGCCGUAUAGCAUUAUUACAGUAAACAGGUAGCUGGGGUCACAGUAGUUCCACUUCUAAACAUCAGUGGUUUAUUGAAAGUGUCAUUGGCUCAGAUUUUAUAGCGAGGAGCAGAUACUCACUUGGAAGCUUGACGUUUCUCGGGUUUAUGGUAGGGCAGCAAACUUUGUUUUCUUUUGUUCUGGCGUUGAAUAUAUACACAGAAAUGGAACUCUUUGAUCAUGGGAUUUUAGUUACCCUCCUAGUAAAAAGAGGAUAGGUGAUGAUGGAUCAGUAAUUUGUAUAGAUUGACAUUGGAAGUAUCUUGUGAGAUAAGAGAAGUUAAUAUUUCAUCUACCAUUCACGGUCUGUCUGUUUUGUACACAUGGCUGUUGGAAUCAUGGUGUUUUGUUCAUUUUUCUAAGGGUAUCCUGUAUCUGUUUGUAGAUAUAAUGUUCUAAAUAUUUUGUAAGAAAUUUUCACAUCAAAU